AUGGAUUUUCUGCAGAUUCUUUUCUCUACCUUCUAUGCUUUCUUCUUCUUCUUCCUCCUCCUCCUUCAUGUAGUGAAACCAAGCUUCAAGAAAUCUCCCCAAACUUGCCUUCCACCAGGACCACCAUGGAAGCUUCCUCUUCUAGGGCACAUGCACUACCUUUUAGGGCCACUACCCCAUCGGUCUUUCAGAGACUUAGCAAACAAAUUUGGCCUUCCUGUGAUGUAUCUGAAACUAGGAGAGACCUGUAAUGUCAUAAUCUCUUCCCCAGAAGCCGCCAAAGAGGUUAUGAAAACACACGAUGCUGUCUUCUCUAAUAGACCUUACCUUUUUGCUUAUGAUGUUUUGUCGUACAAUGCUACCAACAUUGCUUUCUCUUCCUCUGGUAGCUACUGGUCCAUGCUCAGGAAAAUUUGCAGCUCAGAACUUCUUUCUGCUCAGAGGGUCCAAUCAUUCAGGUUUAUCAGAGAAGAGGAAGUGUUGGAAGUGGUGAAGACAAUCUCAAAAAACGAAGGAUCAGAGGUGAAUCUGAGCAAGAUGAUAAUGUCCAUGACAAACGCCAUAGUAGCACGAGCAGCUUUUGGUGGGAGAUCAAGAGACCAAGAAGCCUUCCUUAGGUGUGCUAAGAAGGCUUUGAAGCUAGCUGGAGGCUUUUACAUUUCAGAUUUCUUCCCUUCCAUGAAGCUUCUUCAAGAUAUUUCUGGUAUGAAGGCUACACUUGAGAGGCUGCACAAAGAGAUUGAUAGAAUAUUGGACAACAUCAUUGAUGAUCACAAGAAGAAGAAGAAGAAUGGAACAUGUGGUGAUAAGGUUGAAGAAGAUCUAGUUGAUGUUUUCUUGAAAAUUCAGGAGCAAAAUGACCUGGAGGUUCCCAUUUCUGUUGACAACAUCAAAGCAACAAUUCUGGACAUAUUCAUCGGAGGAACUGAGACAUCAUCAACAACUGUAGUGUGGGCAAUGUCAGAGAUGUUGAAACAACCAAAGAUAUUGGAAAAGGCACAAGCUGAGUUAAGAAGGAUUUUCAAAGACAAAUCAUACGUGGACGAGGCAGAACUUCACCAACUUGAAUACUUACAAUGUGUUGUCAAAGAAACUUUAAGGUUACACCCACCAGCUCCAUUACUACUUCCAAGGAAAAACAAAGAAACCUGCGAAAUCAAUGGAUACAAAAUACCUGCGAACACCAGGAUCCUUGUGAAUGCUUGGGCAAUAGGAAGAGAUCCCAAGUAUUGGUCUGAAGCUGAAGAGUUCAAACCAGAAAGAUUUAUGGACGGUUCUGAUUAUUAUAACUUUCGAGGAACAAACUUUGAGUAUAUCCCAUUUGGAUCUGGAAGGAGGAUAUGUCCAGGAAUCGCUUUUGCCACACCUAAUGUUGGGCUUCCACUCGCCAGUUUGUUGUAUCAUUUUGAUUGGAAGCUUCCUAAUGGAAUGAGGCGGGAAGAGUUUGAUAUGUCUGAGACUUUUGUUGGAGCGGUGAGGAAAAAAUUAGAUUUGUGCUUAAUUCCUGUUUAUUCUCAUCCUAAUUAUCAUUACAAUUAUGUAUUAUUAUUAAAUCAGUUAAUAAUCCUGUGA